CCGCGCGCCGCAUCAUUUAAAAUCAUGAUGGGCGUAAAUCUUGUCGCGGUCGUGCUGGUGCUCGCGAUCAGCCUGGCCACCGCCAGGAUCAUGAACAAAGGUUGGUGGAAGAACGCGGUCUUCUAUCAAGUGUAUCCGCGGAGUUUCAUGGAUUCGGAUGGCAAUGGCGUUGGCGACCUGAAAGGUAUUGAGAGCAAGCUUGAGUAUCUCAAAGAUACUGGAAUCACAGCGAUCUGGCUGUCACCGAUCAAUAAAAGCCCUAUGAAAGAUUUCGGAUAUGAUAUAUCGGACUUCAGAGAUGUCGAUCCAAUAUUCGGCAGCCUAAAUGAUCUCGAAGAUCUUUUGUCUGAAGCUCACAAACUCGGAAUAAAGAUUAUCUUAGAUCUCGUCCCUAACCACACUUCUAACGAGCAUUUGUGGUUCAAAGGAAGCGCCGCAAGCAACACGUCAAAAUAUGCAGAUUAUUAUAUAUGGAAAGAUGUAAUACCAAACAAUUGGGUCAGCGUGUUCAAUAAUUCAGCAUGGACGUAUCACAAGGAAAGAAAACAAUACUAUUUCCAUCAAUUCUAUCCAGAACAGCCAGACUUGAACUAUAGAAAUCCAUCGGUACAAGAAGAGAUGAAGGAGAUAAUAAAAUUUUGGUUGGACAAAGGAAUCGACGGAUUCCGCAUAGACGCAAUACCAUUUUUGUUCGAGUCGGCGAAUAUAACGCUCAACGAGCCGAAGCUUCCAAACACUGACAGCAGUCUCAACGAAAGUCACUUUGCGUAUUAUGAUCACAUAUAUAUAAAGGACCAGCCCGAGACCUACGAUAUGGUACAAUCGUGGCGGGAAUACGUGGACCACUACGCGAAUAAAAAUAAUCGCGACGAAAUAGUGAUAUUGACGGAGGCAUACGCUUCUUUGAACAACAUGAUCAAGUAUUACGACUACGGUUCACACGUUCCAUUCAAUUUCAAAUUUAUCACAGACGUCAACGCGAAAUCCAACACAACUGAGUUUGCCAACAUUGCCAACACAUGGUUGAAAUAUAUGCCGGAUGAUGGUACCCCAAACUGGGUGAUGGGGAACCACGAUCGAGUUCGCGUUGGCACGCGUUAUCCUGGCAGAGCUGACCAAUUGAUAAUGCUGGAAAUGAUUCUGCCUGGAAUCGCGGUCACCUACUACGGAGAAGAAAUCGGCAUGGUGGAUAACUCUACCCUUUAUAUGUACGAUAUUCGUGAUGGCUGCCGGACACCAUUCCAGUGGGACAACACUAUCAAUGCAGGUUUCAGCAAUGCUACUGAAACAUGGUUGCCCGUUCAUAGUGACUAUAAAAUAAAUAAUCUAGAAAAGCAGAAAAAUAUUUCUGAUUCUCACUACAAUCUUUACAAAAGCUUGAUCCAGUUGCGAAAAAAAGAUGUGUUAACCAAGGGUACGUUCAAACUGGACACUCCUACGAAAAACGUGUUAUUUGUCUUGCGAAAAGACGAAAGAACCAAUGAAACUAUAUCACUUUUGCUCAACUUCUCUCCGAACGAAACUAAAGUGGACCUGACGAAAUUAUUGCCCGAGGGAGAAUUUAAGGUACUGCUCGCCAACGUGAACUCCACAUUGAGAAACACCGUCGUUAGUUCGAACGUCAACAUUCCCAGUUAUGGUUCCCUGCUUUUGGUGCAGGAAACAUCCGGUGCUAAUGCAGUAACCUACUCGAUCCUAAGUCUUUUACUCGUAGUGUUUAUUUUUCUCGUCUGAGGAUAAAAGAAAUGAAUAACUAAAUAAAUAAAUAAAUAAAAUGAUAAGAACUGAUUGUUUCGGUUCUUCUUUCUACAUAUUCGUGAUGUUAGUGUACGUCAGUGAAAAUAUAUGUAGAACGCGGACGUAAAUGUGAUACUUGUUGCAAUACGCGUGUGCACUUCAGAUAGUAACAAUUAUAGUAAAAAUUAUUACACAAUACAUGUUAUUUAUCUCACGUCAUGCGUAAUACAAAUAAAUACUUGAACAACAGU